UUUGAAGAAAAAAAGAAGGUAAUCACUAUCUCCAUUUUUUUCUUAACCUACAACGUGAGUGAGUAGUAGCCAAAACGAAAGGGGGGAAAAAGUAAACAUUGCAGAAUUGUUUGUUCUCCUUCCACAUCUCUCUUCUCUCUCUCUUUCUUCUCCGUUGAUCGGAAAGCAGUGACCAGAAAUGGCUCGAGCCGGAGGAAUAACAAAUGCGGUGAAUGUAGGCAUAGCAGUACAAGCAGAUUGGGAGAAUCGUGAAUUCAUAUCUCACAUCUCCCUCAACGUCCGUAAACUCUUCGAUUUCCUCGUCCAAUUCGAGGCGACGACGAAGAGUAAAUUGGCGACACUGAAUGAGAAGCUUGAUACACUGGAACGUCGUUUGGAACUGCUUGAAGUCCAAGUCAGUACAGCAACUGCUAAUCCAGCUCUGUUUAAUGUUUGAAAUGAUGCAGCAUUGUACUAAUAUUCUCUAUCUGUAAGCUACUUUAAUUCUGUAUUAUAAAUAGAUUGCUUUGUUUUUGAGAUCAUAUUUGUGAAAAGUCCUUGUUUUAUGAAAAUCUCAAUCAAAUGUUCCCGAAUUAGUUAGGUUAGCUAUGUGAAUUUGUGUGAAAUUCGGCACUAUUCAAGUACAUUAUGUUCGGAUAGUUAAUAAUCUGUCGCAAUUUUUGUGGAAAUGAUUCA